AUGAGCGCCCCGAUCGUCGAGCCCGUGCCGGCUCGUCCAUCGGCGGAGUUCUCCCUCCUGGACAAGCCCGACUUUGAGCAGGUCGAGACCGUCGACCGGAUCCCGCUGUCGAGCACGCGCGUGGACGAGCGCGCGCGCUCGCAGCUGCACUCUUCCUCGCCGAUGCGGGAGAUUGCAAGCAGCCCCGACGAGGCGAGGCGGCAGACCACACCUAGUGCCCGUGCAGCCGUGCAGAGUCUGGAGGGGCAGCGCGCGACCCCGCCGUCGAUGCGGGAGAAGCAGGCCGCGACGGAGCGCGACCUGAUGGACGAGGAGGAGCAGGGUACCGUCGUCGAGGGCAUCGAGGACGACAACCUCUGGGUCCUUCUGCGCAUGUUCAACACGCAGGUCAACCACGUCCUGCACCCUGCGCGUGGGUUGCCGCCAGACCAGCCAGACCUCCGCCAGACUAACCUCCCCAACGUGCCCUACCGCUCCGACACGCUCAAGGCCAACCUCGAGCGGUUCAUCAAGGCGAUCGCCCCGCCGAGUUCUCGGGGAAUCCGUGAGGUCCAGCGCCUCUCCGACUGGCACGGCGAGUUCUACCGCACCCUCACCUACUGUGCGGGCUACUUCAUCUCCUGGGGACUGGGAUGCACCGUCGUCGCGGCGCUGUGUUUCUUCGCCAUCCUUGUUGCCUUCCCCGGCACACGUCGCUUCCUCUUCCCCGACCUGCCCGAGGAUGUGCCGCCCCCCGAUCCCCCUCGCCAAGGCGACCCCGGCGGCCAAGGACCACAAGCUCACGCGCGCCGAGCAGGCGGAGGAGCACUCGGUCGAGGUCACGGCCGUCAUGCUGGGGACCUGGUUGCCGAGACCGAUGAGCCCGACAACAUCGUGACGGACGCCUAUGGCAAGAUUGUGGGCUACCAGACGGAAGAGCACGACGCGAACGCGGAGCGCAUGCGCGUCAACGGCGAGAUCGUCAAGGUGCGCAGGGACAAGGAGGCGCGCAGCGAGGCGCAGUCUGAGGCCGACGCGCGGCGCGAGGAGCUUACGACGCGCAUGGCCAAGGCGACCGAGAAUGGGGUCGGUGGCGCCGCCGACUUCAUCGAGAUCAUGCAAAAGGCGCUGUCGCCCGUGCCCGUGUAUCCGGACAGCUUUGCGCGGUUCAAGCUCGCCGCGCUCCUCGUCGCCCCCGCCCUGCUGCUGCACUACGUCCCUGCCCAGCUCAUUGGACGCUUCGUCACGCUCCUCUUCGGUGUCGUUUUCUGGGGCCACGAGCCGAUGAUGAAGGGCGCCGAGCAGCUCAUGGAGCGCUUCCCGAACUGGAUGGACUACCUCGACCCGCGCAACCAUCUGCUCAGCGGCGUGCCGACCAACGCGCAGCUGACCCUCCAUCUCCUUCGCGCAAGCGAAGCGGAAGGUAAUCCCCUCCCCCUCCCGCCGGUUGCGCCGACGCUCGAAGAGGCGAACGAGGCGAUCAACGACGAGGAGGACGGAGUAAAGACGAAAGCAGCCAAGGCUGCCGCCUCCGAUACCAAGGCUGGUAAGGCGCUAUCGAGCGGCAACCCCGACAACAACAAGGGCGUGCGCAAGGCGGCGAAGAAGACAGGCGGCAAGACCAAGUCCCUCUUCAAGCGCGCCGCGCGCAAGCUGGCCGGCAUGGGCAGCGACGUGACGGUUGUCGGGGAGGAGAGCGGGGUGCUGAAGAAGAAGAUCAACAGCAUGGUUCUGAAAGCCAAGUGGGGCGACGAGGUGCCCGAGGGCGGCUUCGUGGCCAAGCACAACGGCACGAGCGGCCAUCUCUUCCUCGACGACGAGGAGGGGUGUCUCUCCUGGGUGCCGCUGUUGAGCAAGACGCCAGAGAAGGUGUGGUACAUCGACGACCUGGUCGAGAUGAAGAAGCAGGGACUGGGCGUGCAGCGCCUCGCGCUCGCUAUGAUGAGUGGGGCCGAGAUCGAGAGUCUCGGCCUCGCGCUCAGGUUUGCCAAGACGGCAGACGACGUUAGCAUGAAGGACAUGACGGAGGAGGAGCAGCUUGCACAUGCCCAGAAGGCGGAGGAGAGCCUCAUCUUCCGAGGCGUCGAGGCGAGGGAGCAGCUGUUCAACCGUCUCAUCGCGAUGGGACACCAGAGGUGGGAGAUGCUGUAG